AUGUAUCUCCUUCAGGGGCAGGCAGUUCAGGUGCCAGAGUCCGACUUGGAGUGUAUGUUGGGCGGUUCGCCGCGCGAAAGAGAGAAUUCCCAUGAGGGCCGUAAAUGCGGAUGGCAGUGUGCUGCCGCUGCCUUCGUGCUGGGAUUACUCAUGAUGACAGUGUUUGCAUUGACGCGACCCACGAGCUUGACCAGCUUGACCAACUCCGGAGUUUCUGACACAGUUCAGAUGGAGUCCAUGGAAGACCCAGUCUGGAAGGAGGUCUUGGGCAACAAGGCAUUCAAACAAUUUGAGGCAGAACGCCACCAGACAGCCAUCGCCAGCACACAGAGCACAAGCACCAGCACGAGCGCUGCAACCACGGUUGCUACCACCACCGUGGCAACAGAACCGGCAAGCACCGUUGCUCAUAGCGUUGUUGGAACUACUCAACCAGCAGUGCCCGUGCUAACAGCUGCACCAACUGCUGCACCAAUGGCUAUUGCUACCAUUGCUCCAAGUGAAACCAGCAAAAUCAUCAUCUUCGGGACUUCGGGAAAAAGCGCACUGGAGCAAAUUGCGUCUGAGUUCAAGGAUGAGGCUGGAAAGCUCGAUCCCGACAGCGAGGAACACAAGUCCUUGGAAAGCAUCAGCAAGAUGCUGAGCAAAGUUGGUAGCCCAGUUACGCAUGCACCAAGGGCAUCUCCCAUGACCACAGCGAACGCUGCGAAGCCCGCAGCUGUCAGCAGUCCAUUGGCCCCUCACGAGGCUUUGAAGGAUGGAAACACAUGCCCAAGUGAUGAGGAGGAGUCUGAUGGCACUUGCUACAAAAAGUGUGCUGACCUAACAGGUGGAUAUUACCCGAUCCGCACCAGUGCAUUCAGCUGCUGCGCUGCGGAACCCUGUAGUUUCUUCAAUUCGAAGAUCCAUGUCGGCUUUUGCUCUGGUUUUGACAUCGCAGGAGACGCAGAAGGUGACGGUUGUCCCAGCUUUGAGGGCGCCUGUCUUUUGGACGAAGAGAUGUUUGGCGGACUUUGCUACAAGAAGUGCUCUCUUUUUCCAGAUGGACAGAUUUACGGCCACCGGGUAGCUCCAAACAUUUGCUGCAGCACACAUGGGUUGCUUGGCGGAACGGAACAGGCCGGUACACAGGCAGCCAUUUACUGCCUGGUUACGUGGAAUCCCAAGAUCAACUGA